UGAAAGUAUUGUUCCGGCUGGUGGUAUCGGGUCACUGGUUCACCUGUCCACAUCUCUGCUGCACCUGAACAGAGUCAUCAUGCCUCGGGGUCAGAAGAGUAAGCUCCGGGCCCGUGAGAGACGUCGACAGGCCCGAGAAGGUUCACAGGAUCUGGGUCCUCGGACAGCCACAUUCACCGCCACUACUGCUGCAGCUGUGUCAUACAUGAGAUCAAAUGAAGGCACCAAUGAAGUACAGGGAAGGCCAAGAUCCUCCCAGAAUCCAACAGCCACUGAGCCCUUCCAUAGAAGCCCUCUGGGGGAGAAGGUGUUUAUAUUGGUAUACUACCUGCUAUAUAAGUAUCAAACCAAAGAGCCCAUUACCAAGGCAGAUAUGCUUAGAAAUGUAAUUCAGAUCUAUAGGAAUUACUUCCAUGUGAUCCUCAGGAAAGCCUCUGAUCACUUAGAGCUGGUCUUUGGCCUCGACAUGAAGGAGGUGGAUCCCAAUAGGCACAUCUAUGUGCUCGUCAACAAACUGGAACCAAGCUAUGAUGGGAAGCUGAGUAAUGAGAGUAGUGUGCCUGAGACCGGUCUGCUGAUGACCGUUCUGGGUGUGAUCUUCACAAAGGGCAACUGUGCCACUGAGGAGCAAGUCUGGGAAGUGCUGAAUAUGAUGGGGUUAUAUCCUGGGAGGAAGCACUUCAUCUAUGGGGAGCCCAGGAAGCUCAUCACCAGAGAUUUGGUGAAAGAAAAUUACCUGGAGUACAGGCAGGUGGUCAACAGUGAUCCUCCACGCUAUGAGUUCCUGUGGGGUCCCAGAGCCCAUGCUGAGACCAGCAAGAUGAGGGUUCUUGAGUUUUUGGCCAAGAUCCAUGAUACCAUCCCCUCUGCCUUCCCAUCCUAUUAUGAAGAGGCUUUGAGGGAUGAGGAAGAACGAGCCCAAGCCAGAGCUGCAGCCAAGGCUCUUAUUGCUGCCAGGGCUAAUGCACGCUCCAGGGCCAUGGCCAGUGCCCGUUCCAGGGCCAUGGCUAGCAGCUCCUCCCACCCCUAGUAAAAUGUGAGACAGAUUCUUCAUUUUGUUGUUAAAAAAAAAUACAUGUUCUCCUUAGUGGAAGGUCAGG